AAUCUCCGUCCAAGAAGAGGGAAGAUUUGGCAGAUCUUGUCUCCUGGUAGGGUGCCUUUCCCUAAAGUUUACAGUCACUCAAAGUCAUACUUUUCCUCUCCCUUUUCUCAGCUCCUGGACUUUCCGUCAGAGUUCUCUGAUGCCUUAGACCUUCCUGUGCUUUUAUCUCCCUUACUCAGGUGCUUUUACUCCUUCUUCAGGAGGCAGGCAUCACUACCUUGAGUUGCUCCCAUUGUUUUCCAUCCUUUGGUUUCCUCCAUCUAGCCAAACUGGUUUGAGUCAGCUACACCCCCAUAUGAGCUCCUGGGGCUCUUCAGGUGGUGGCUGGCCACUCAACCCCACCCCUGGGCUUGGCUUGGAGCUCUGAGUCAGUUCCAUCUCUACCCAAGCCAAAUCAAACCUGAGGCAGAAGCCGAAACUCACAGUACCUCAAAGCCUAUAGCCAGGUGAUGGAGGACGAGGAGAAUGCAGUGGAAGUCUUGGUGAGCAACACGGAAGCUGCUCAUUCUCCAUCCCCCAUUCGCUGCUGCUGGCUCCGCCUCCGCUACUUGGCAGCUACUAGCAUUAUCUGUGGCUGCUCUUGCCUGGGAGUCAUGGCCCUUGUGUUUGCCAUCAAGGCGGAAGAGCGGCAUAAGGCAGGCCAAUCCGAGGAAGCCGUGCACUGGGGGGCCCGGGCCCGGAGGUUCAUCCUGGCCAGCUUUGCCGUCUGGCUUGCCAUCCUCAUUAUGGGCCCCCUACUUCUGUGGCUGCUCUCUUACGCCAUCGCUCAAGCUGAGUGACUCUGGGUGGCCUCUGCUGAGAGUCAGCCAGGACCUCCUGGAUCCUGCAAUGUGACAUUGCUGGAGUCCAGUGCCAGCAGUGGUCCUUCCUGGCUGGAGGAUGGUGCCUCUCUCAAAGGGCUUUGGAAGAGCUCUUCUAGCCCUUCAUAAAAGGAGGCAGCAACUGAGAACAGAACAGGCUGACCUCCCCAAUGACCUCCCCUCAUUGGGGAGGUCAGCCUGUUCUGUUCUUUCAAGUGUUCAUCAUUUCCUGUUCCCCCUCAAUUUACCUCAUCCUAGCUGCCUCUACCCAGAGGUGGGGUUGAAGACCAGGCCUGAUUUUAUUAGAAUUUGUUUUGUAAUAAAAACCUUUUUUAGUGGUGAAAUGCUGCUGCUGUCUACUUGUUCUUCCCUUACUUUUCCCUGGACCUUGGUGAGACCCAGAGUGUACACCUGACUGACUGUAGAAGUCUGCAUUUUCCCUCACCUAGUUGCUCCAUGAGAAGGAAAGAUUUUUUUGUCUUCUGGAAGUAUCUCUUUUUAGAAAGAUUCCAGCUUCUCCCUUACACCUGAACAGAGACCCUGAGGCCAGAGAACAAGAGUAGUAGCAAUAGCUACUAUUUAUUGAGUGUUUGAUAUAUCCCAGGCUGUGUUCUAAACACUUUAUAUUUUUUUAAUUCCUUCAGUUCUCACAGUCACUCAAUAAAUACCAUUGUUCUCAUUUUAUAGUUGAGAAAACAGGCACAGAUUAUAAGGUCACACAGCUAGCAAGAGGCAGAGCUGGGAUUGAACCCAGACAGUUUGGUUCCAGAGUUGAGAGAGGAGUGAAAGGAUUAGAUAUAGCAACCAUUACUCUCUAUAUGGAGAUGUCUAUGAUUAUAAUGAAUUUUUAUACCCUUUGUCUUGGGCUUAAUGAUAAUAUUUUAAACAUUUUUAAAAUGAGAUAUAUCAUACAUACAGGAAAAUAUCCAAAACAAAUACACAGCUCAAUAAGUUAACACAAAGCAAACAUCUGAAAAUCCAUCAUCCAUCAAGAGAUUGAACAUUGCCAACACUCCAAAUCCUCCUUAAUAUGCCUCCUACUCACUACUUUCUUUGUUCAAACAGGUAACUAUCAUCCUGACUUCAAACAAUGUAGUUUAGUUUUGCCUGCAUUUGAAUGUUUUAUACAUGGAUUAAUAUGUAUUCUUUUUAUGUCUGGCUUCUUAACGUUGCUUGUGAGAUUCAUCAAUCUUUGAUGUAACUAUACUUUUUGUUGCUGUACAGUAUUCCAUCACAUGACUAUAUUGCAGUUUAUCCAUUUUAUGUUGGUGGAUUUUGGGGAUGUUUCUAGUUUUGGGAUAUCAUGAAUCAUUCUGCUUGUAUAUUCUUUCUGGUACAUGUCUCUUGAAGUACAUAUGCCCUGGGAGUGGAAUUUUUGGGUUAUUUUACCAUAAUUCAGAGACCAGCAGAGCACCUAAAAGAAUUAGAGAUACUGCAAACUGAAGACAGAAGAUUAAAAGGGAAGGAGAAGCAUCUGAUGGUUGUCUUCAGUGUUUCGAUGUGCUCCAGGAAGGAAAAAGUGAAGAGAAUUCAUUGUUGGUCUCAGAGUUUAGAAUGACACAAUAGGUAGAAGCCAGGCUUAUGGCAGUGAUUCUUAACCUUGAACCAUGUGGGGGAACCUUAAGAAGUACUUAUGUUUGGGCUUUACCUUUAGAGAUUCUGAUGUCAUUGGUGUGAGGUGCUGCAUAGUCCUCAGGAUAACACAUUCUAGAGAGAUUUUUUACAGGAACUUUAAAAAGCUGGUAUUUGAUUAAUCAGCAGCUUCAGUUUACUGGAAAAGAGUAUCUCAUUCCCUCAAACUGAUUGAGGUCUUGCAAAUUUUUAACUCUAUUUUGAAAAAAUUUCAAACCUACAGAACAAUAAAAGAAUAGUGUAAUGAA